AGGACGCAGGACGACUCCCGCCCGCCGGCCCGGCCCGGCCCGGCCCGGCCCCGGCCCCGUGCGCGUCCCAGCUGCCGACUCCGUCCUCGUCCUGCCCUUCGGCUACUGCUCUACCGAGGGAAAGCGGAGCGGUGCCGGCCGUCGGGGGCCGCCGCUCUUCACUCCCCGGGAAACUUCAGCCAGUUGCCGGGGAGCGUCCACUACCUGCCCUGAGGGGACGCUCCGGUGAAGAAAAGCGGUCACACUUGUUCGCCAGCAAGAUGGGGAGGACCCUGAGACCGGAUGACAUCAACCCCCGGACAGGGCUUGUGGUGGCUUUGGUCAGCGUCUUCCUGGUGUUCGGCUUCAUGUUCACUGUGUCCGGCAUCAAGGGAGAGACACUGGGGGACAUCCCUCUGUUGGCCAUCGGGCCGGCCAUCUGCCUUCCGGGCAUCGCCGCCAUCGCCCUCGCCAGAAAGACCGACGGUUGCACCAAAUGGCCCAAGAACUAUAGGUGUCCAUGCUGCAAGCAAGUCAGGGACCGGGAUGUCAUGGAGCUGCUGAGGACCCCCUCAGACCUUGAGUCUGGCAAAGGGAGUUGUGACGAGCUGGCCAAAAAAGCAUACCAGAAGGACAGGAGAGUGCUGAGGGGAGAGGACUCUGUGUCCAUCUGCACUAUGACCACCACCACCACCAUGGGAGAGUGCAAGAGCCUCAUCAGAAAGGUGGAGCAGGAGGAGAUGCUGAAAUACCUGGAGGCCUGUUACCCAGAGAUGCCGGGAAAUGUGUUCGUGGGAGAUGGCUCCAUGUACAGUGCCUUGGAGAAGAAAAGCUCUUCUCCCGCCAGGGACAGUGCUUCUUGCCCUGACGUUGAAGACAAUAUUUUUGUUGCUCCUAAAGACAGUAUCAUUGUCUGCUCUUACAAGGAGAACAGCCCUUAUGACAGAUACUGUUGUUACAUAAAUCCUACUGGAGUCAACUCAGACCAGGAGACCAUAGUGUGAGAGAUGCAUACUUUAUAUAUGUGUAUGUGUACAAAGCCAACAACUUCGACUUCUUGAUAGGGGAUAAUAUAGCUGACUGCACUGCAUGGGACAAUCCUGAUACUAUUACAAUUUAACCUGGUAUGUGACUGAUGCUCAAGCCUUUUGUGCCUGAAAUACUCUUUAUGAGAAGAGAAUUUUUCUAGGAAGAACUCCAGUGUGACUCUUUAAGGACACAGGGCUCUUCCAACAGGAUACACAGAAUUUAAAUGUCCCAGACAUCUUCAGGAGACCCUGCAUGCUCCAACUGUACAGAAUCACAGAAAUAUUCAAGUCGGAAAAGACCUUCAGGAUCACCAAGGAUAACUCUACUUUACAAGGUGCAUCCAAAACUGUAUCCCCAAGCACCACAUCUAAAGGACUUUUAAACACCACAUCCAAAUGACUUGCACAGUCAGGCUUAACACUUAGAGUAUGCCCUUGUUCUGUUUGUAAAGAGCACCUGACUUCAUUCCAUUAUUUUCUUUAAAUGAAUUAAUUUUCCUGGUUUGACUGAUUAGCUGUAGGAAGAAGCAGACAACUUUUGUGUUUACACAAAAAGAACCGUGGAACUGGAGACCCUCUGCAGACAGUGAUAACAAGCUAAAUAAAAGAUGUUUGCUACCUUAUCUAGGGGAUAAAGACUAACUUUUUGGUGGCAAAACACAGUCUUUUCCAAGCCCAAAGUGUGAAUAAAAUCUGGGAAGUUUUACAGCUGGAAGUGUAUUAACCAUUUUUUUUACUUGUUGAGAUUUUUUAAGAUAUUGUGGUUGUUCAAUCUGUUCCUCAACACUCAAACUGAAAUAAUAUUGUGAAGGUUUAUUG